CUAGCAUCGAACAAAGUCGGUCAGUCUCAAUUUGUGGUGAGCAACACGUUUCGUGUCAUCAAGACUUAAAAAAUGCGUUACGUGGCAGCUUACCUUUUGGCCAUCCUCGGAGGUAAAACCUCCCCCAACAGCUCUGACAUCGAGAAGAUACUUUCGUCCGUCGGUAUCGAAGUUGAUUCCGAAAAGCUGAGCAAAGUCAUCUCUCAGCUCAAUGGCAAAAACAUCGAGGAGGUGAUUGCUGAAGGCCGAGAGAAGCUCAGCUCGAUGCCAGCUGGUGGUGGUGCUGCUCCAGCGGCUGCUGCUGCCGGAGGUGCUGCUCCUGCUGCCGAAGAAAAGAAAGAAGAGAAGAAACCUGCCAAAGAAGAGUCUGAGUCUGAAGAUGAAGACAUGGGCUUUGGUCUCUUUGAUUAAAUUUCCAAAAUCGGCCUUUAUUUGUUAGCGGUGUAACAAUGCUGCAGUGUGAAAGUUUUUUUACAAAUAUUUUAUGAGUGACAGUGCAUUGCCGCUGAUGAAUAAAUGCUCUAAAAAAAAAAA